UUGCAGUACCACGCUGGUCUGGCCUCCAGUUUGUUGAAUCAACAAUCACUCAAACGAUCAGCCAAUCAGAUGGGAGCUUCAGCCAAGCGACGACCCAAAGUCCAACCCAGUACUCUGGUACUACCCCCUCAGUAUGUGGAUGAUGUAAUCUCUCGGAUUGGCAGGAUGUUUCCUGACAUGACCAUCGAGCUGUUCAGACCCAACGGGACGUCAGCUGUACUGCUGUGUCUGUCCCUCUACCCGUCUCUACCUGUCUGUCUCUCUACCCGUCUCUCUACCUGUUUUUCUCACCUGCAGACCUGGUUGCGGAGCUACAUUAAACUCUUCCAGUCUUCCUGUCAGCGCUGUGGUCGUUUCCUGCAGGAUGGACUUCCUCCAACAUGGAGGGACUUUAGGACCCUGGAGGCGUUUCACGACACAUGUCGCAUGUAAACAAGCGCUUUGUGUUUUUGAUUUUCUGUUCGUAUUCUGUGUAAAGUUUGAAUAAAGUUUGAUUUAAUUUUUCAUA